ACUCUAUCCGAUCGUCGUCCCCGAACAACGUCCCUCGUGCAACGAACGCGCGAAAAAUCGGCGCAUCCGAAAAUGCGUCACGUGCAACGUCCCGUCUGACCCGUCUGAUCUCAUCGUCUCGAGCGCGAAUUCUGUGAUCUCGAUCGAAUCUUUUCUCUUUUCUUUCUCUAUCCUUUUCUCUCGGAGUGUCGCGUAGAGUUGAAUAUCAAGUCCGCGAACUUUUACCUGGGCCGUUUUGAAAUUUCGUUCAAAGAGUGUCGCUCGUUCUGUUUUCGACAGGUAACGGCCGCGCCGAUUUAUUUAUUUCUUCGAUUUCCUAAAGUUUCUCUUUGGUUUUAAUUCGCCAUCGGAGAAAGUAUUACGGAUUGCCGGGGCGAAUUGUGCUGUGGUGGCUCGGAAAUGAGACAUAGGAUUAGACACGACUGAGCAGCUGCAAGAAUGGCAAGGACGUUUUUGUUGAGCUUCAUAGUGGCGUUGCUGCUGGUCUUCGCUCUUACCGAAGCUUCUCGUGGACAGACUAAUGAGACGGAUAGACAGAAAAUAACGAAUCGCGGUACUGCGCGAUACAACUUUAAAUCAACGACGGAAUCGAAUAGUCUUUCUACACCGGAAACCAGGUUGCCUCGCGAUAAGAGUUCCCGUUCAGAAGCAGUUGCCAACUUAGAAAAGCAUGAAACGCAUUUUGCGAAAGAAGGUUCGAUUAGAUCGCGAACAAAAUUAAAGCAAUCACAGGCGGCAGAUGAUUCUACUACUACAUCACGAACAAGUUCGAGGCAUUUGAAUACUAGUGUUGAUAAUUCACGAAAUCGUCAAAAAUCACACGCUACACAGGCUCUUAAAGAAGAAAUAACGAGGGACGACAAUAAAGAGAACGCGCCUGAGUCACGAACGCCGAAACGAUUGACAGCUUCCCGAAGAACGUCUUCGGACGCAUCCCUCAUCUGGGUGGACAAUGUAAAGUUGGAUCACGAAGUGUUUACCAAGUCGGAUCACUUAAGAUCAAGAACAGGAAGAAAGAUUUCUGUGAAUCACGGGAGAGAAUCGAAAGGUGAAAUAAUCCCAACCAGAAAAUCUCCGGAAAAUGAAAAUGUGGAGAAAGCUAAAAGUCCGAGCAAAAAAUCAGAAAAAGAAGAAGCACGAUUGGAACGUUCAAAGAUCGAGAAUGUUACUCCGAAAGCGAACAUGUCAAAAAAAAUAGAUACGAAAAGCACGAACAAUUCUGGCAGUCAUAAGGAUCACUCAAAAGAUGUUUCGUUGUCGGGUUCCGAGAGUAUAAGAGUGAACGUUCCUCUGACAGUCGGAAAUGAUGAAGACGUCAAUCUUUUAACGUCUGCCACGGCUUCGUCCGUUAGUGUGUCUCCGAGACAAGCUUCGAGGUCGGACAGGGAAAAGAUAGAGAGCAACGACAUCGCAAGAUCGAACACGAAGAAAAGUAGACAGUCUAAUCGAUCGAAAUCUCGUAACAGAUCCAAAACGAGGGAUCCUAAUUUCGAGACUGCAAAUUCUCGUCGAAGUUCGUCCAGAUCCAGCAGUACCGCAACUGCGGAGACGAAUAGACGAUCCUCCAAUUCUAGACACAGAUCUAGCUCGAAGAACGUCAAUUCGAGAGGCCGUUCUACACAUAAGUCGAGAGAUGCGGUCACGGCGGAAGCAAGAAAUAACGAUAGACAGAGGAAUACAGACAUCGAUUCUGAAGCGAAUGCAAACAGACAAACGGACACACGACGUAAUGACAGACGAACGUCCGAGGGAAAGCGAAGAUCCAAGGAUAGCAGAUCAAAAGCGGAAGUCAAGGUAGACGAGCAAGAUAUCCGGGUGCAAUCCAGAAGUCGGUCACGCGCAGCUACGAGCAACCUUGAUGUUACUACUACUUACAUUCCGAAAGCGACAAUCGCCGAAAUUACGACUAUUUCUUCUGUGGAUGCAGAGAUUACGACAUCCAGUUUUACAACAACGAUCAGACCAUCGACAACGACUCGAACGUCCACUUCGACUGAGCGAGUUUCACGCAACAGGGGAAGAGAUAGAGGAGAAAGUUCUCGAGCGAUUAAACCCCCGAAGGAAGAUUUUUUUAAUUACGGUCUAGGUUUUCGUGGUCGAAAGAGUUCGACCGAGGCAUCGUCCUCAAUUGUUGCAGAACCAAGGACCACUACGCCUAAAAGUGAAACGCAAUUACGUGGUAAUCCCGGAUGGACUCUCAGGCGUCGACCUGGUCACGUCAAUCAAGAUGUUUCUUCUUCAACUACAUCCACGCCAAUUAAUCGAGAUCAGAUCAACGAAAUUGUCUUGUCCACUGAUUCACCGAGGAGCACCGAAACGCCCUUAAAUAAUACAAAAGCCGGACGAAGAGGUACCAAAAGACCAAAAGUAAAGGACGAGAGCGAUAUCGUAUCGGGCGUCGCGGCGAAGAGCACAACAAGAGGCAAUAAAACCUUCAACAAAUCCGAAAGCUUUGGUCUACCCAAGGGAACAGAACCCGAGAGUGACAAUUAUCCUCCUGCAUUUCGAGCUAGACUGUCUCAAUUGAAAAAUUCUAACUCGAAACCUACUGAAGGAAAAAGUACAACUAGGACCAACUUGCAGGAACAUUCAAAGGAACACACAUUACGACGGCAUAUACGAUCCAGCACGAAAACGAUGCAUGUAUCCGAAAAAAACAGAACUGUGGAAAAUGUGCUUGCGACAGACGUAGUCUUGCACGUCUCUUCUCCCACGAACCCCUUAACUUCGAUACUCGACCCAGAUACGCGACAAGCCACAAAACCAAGUUUGACGAGUCUGUUCUCCGAAAGAUCCAAGCUGAAACUGGAGUUAGCCAGAAGAUUAAUCAAACCCGAACUGAAUGUUGACGAGAACGAUUUCGAUGUAACGACGACCGCUUAUUCCGGUAAAUCAAAAGCGAAAGAAGUUUCGACGGUCAACGAAAGCAGAAACAUAGAGAAAACAACAAAAGCGACCAGCAAGCUCAUUGGUACUCGUGCCACACAUGGAAGUUCGACAAUUGCGAGUGCACCGAAAGAAAAAUCAAUUGUAAGAGGCAGAUGGAAGAUCUUAGAGACCAGAAAAUCAACAAAAGACCAAAAUGUCAAAUCUUCACUUAGAUCACCCCCCGGUACGACUAAGAAGAUCCGAGUGACUUCUGAAAGAACAUCUUCGUUCAUCGAAGAAACAUCGUCGAGGAACGUUACAGAAUUUAACGCUGUACCACGUUUAAUUACGGUUUCACAGCGCGGUGCCGUUCCCGUAGAAGGAACAGCCGCCACGACUGUUGAUACGACAAAAGUCCGAUCCCCGACGAGCACCACGGCAUCGCGGGACGAAGUGUCAACGUUGACGAAUACGGUGGAAGCUAUAGAGGAAAACACCAUCAUUACAACUGUCGAACCGCUGAAGCUAGAUAAAACAUUCGUUGAAACUAUUACUGCAACAUCAGGUGCUGUCACUGAUGCAUCAACAGAAUCUAAAGUCCCCACGGAAUUCCCUCAAGAAGUUACACUACCACCGACCGUUACCACGGCAAAUGAUAUACUUUCGUCGUCCACGUUAGAAAAGGUAUAUCCCGUUUAUAUUCCGAAUGCGAACGACUUGUCGGGCGAUAAAGAAAAGACGAUAACUCCAAGCAAUAAGAGCAGCGUUCGAUCUCGUUAUACAAGUCAGGAGCAACCGGACAAGGUGACGGUUUCUAUGGUGACGUCAAGAACCGUCGGACCCACUAGUAGGUACAUCCGGAAAAAAUCGGGUGUUUUCACGCCAUACGACUCCAUUCCGAAGAUAACCAGUACGGAAGGGACACUUCCGCAGACGAAGCGACGAGAAUUCCGUCCGCGAACGUCGACUUAUAGGAGGCAUUCCGAGGUGCCAACUAGCCAGCUGGUAGUUCAGCCGCCGACGACGAUCGAGCAAACGACCGCCGGCAUAGCUAUCACCCCAAAGCCGACUAAGUAUCAUGCUCAAGUCGAUCCGAGCACUCGAUCUUCACCCUCUGAUCCGUUAGUCAGCGUGAGGAUCGACACCUCGAACGAUACCACCUCGCAAGCGUCCGGUAUCGCCGGAAGCAGCAAUGGUAAUAGCGGAAACUCCAACAUCUUCAACCCCACUAGAAGCACGUAUCUUACUGCGAAUACCACCACGCUGCUGGAGCAACUACGGAGCACCGUAGCACCGCUCUUGAACAACUUAGGCGACAAGACCCCCAUCUUCUCCGGAGCCUAUUCUAAUGUGAAUACAGGAAAUUCAGCCCCCAGGAUAACACCUAACGGUUCCCCGCCGAGAUUCAGCGCGAGAUACAAAGGAGCAGAAUUGUUUGUAAGAAAACCGUCUGUUGGUCAAGCUGUGAUACCAUCGAUCACAACAUCAUCGACUACGGCUUCAACACUAAUAGAGAAUUCCGGUUCGGCACCACCCGUUGCCAUCAACAGCCCCGGCGAGCCGAGAUUCAUCACUUUUUAUCAGGCGUUAGAAUCGGCUAGCAUAAGAAAUGAAAAUUUGGGCGCGGAAGACGUGUCUCAGCGGCAAAGACUAACUGGCGUGGUAACGAAGGUAGACCCUAACGCUACUGUACCUAACGGCGCCAGUAACGAUAUUGCUAACAACAAUGACACCAUCGCUCCAUCAAUCACCGCGACUACUACUACAUCCUCCCCAGAUAUCACUACUGUAGACACUACCACCACCGUUCAAUCGGCAAACAAUUCGCUCGCUUCAUUAGGUGCCGAGAAUAGUACCGAUGGUAGCCCGGAGACCAUCACGACGGUACAAAUCCCCGCAAAUCCGGAUACAAACGGAAGAGAAACGACUCCAGUCCCCACCUCGGAAAUACCCGGAACCACCGUCCCCGUUAACGCGAUAACGAACACACCACCACCGUCCACCACUACCGAAACUGCCACGUCAACAAGCGUCGCCGAUAUAACUUUGGCAGCAGAAUCCUCCACAGAAUCCGUUUCUAACGACGUUCAAUCCACCGAACUGAGCACCAAAACCACGGAAGUAGCAACGCUACUCAUCACUGAAACGGUGAAUGCAAGGAUAUCCAUGCCCGCUUCUCAAAAUCUGCAAACGGCGAAUGAUACAUCGGAUACAACAAUACCAUCCCCAAUCACCGAGAGCGUUACUGUGAUGCACUUACCACCGGAAGCGACGACUAUACUUGCGAUGAACGAUACGUCGGAGAGUAUUGAGACGAAUACCGUGCAACAAUCUGAAGAAACGACGCCUCGCCUAACAGAAACGACCAUCACAAUCGAGAAUAUAGAAACAAAUACUAUACAGCAAUCCGACACGACGGAUCCGUCUCAAACAACGGAAAUUACAAGCACCACUGAGUCAACCACGACCGAAGAUAUUUCAAAUGACGUAAUAGAAAUUCGUGCAACAGCGGUACCCGCUUUCUCAUCUACAUACCGCACACGAUUAGUCGAUUACGCGCAAAAUAUUCUAUCACUUUUAUCGCAAAAGGAGGUUACGACGAUUAACACGCCAGUCCAAAGACCUACCGUCACGACGACCGUCUCUCCCGAGAUGUCCAAUACAAUACCAGAUUCGUCGUCAACAAAUACGGAGAGCCCAGCGCAACCAGAAGAGACGACUACCAUGCGAAUAGCUGGAUCGGGUAACGACGAAACGACGGAGUCGUUCGAUGUAGAAUUCGUGUCGAUUACGACGGACGGAUCAGAAGAGACCAAUCGAAACACAGUAGGUGUGAAUACUACGCUUCAGGGUCAAUCUAAUGAUCAAGGGAUAAACGCACAGAAUACACUGGACUCGAAUACAACAACGGAACAGACAUUUUCGAGUACCGUAGGCAACGAACGCAACACGACAUCAGAUCCUGAAUCGACAAUGGCAACUCAGGAUGCGCGAGCUCCAACGAUGGAUGGAGAAGUUGCGACCACCACGCUGACACCGACCUCGCGACUCAUUGAGUCUGUUACGGAGAACGAUCCCCGAUCGUCUAAUGAUACGUUACUCGCUGAGCUAAUGACUAUCGCGAAGACUCUCUUCACGGAAGCGAUGAACGACACGCGACAGUUGGGUCAAACUGACGGCACGGUAGGAAACGAUAGAAAUCGAACCGUGUUCGUGUUGAACAGCGCGUCAGAAGCUACCACUGCACCUUCCGAACUUUCGAAACCUUUAGAAAACACUACCGAACGUAUAGACAUCACAACACUCAUUGAUUUAGCCGAAAAUGAAAGAGGAGAUAAUUCUACUCGCGACCCUGUUGUAGGAUCGAAUAUUUCGUUAGUGGAAUCUAACGCGCGACCCACCAAUGUAGAUGAUGUUACCACAAUGCCCCUUUCGCAGAUGGAAACCGGAACAUCAAACAUCACUACGGUUACGGCCAGCAUGAGUUCUGAACUAACUACUAAUACGCCUGACUCACAAUUAUUUAAUUCGAUUGAAUCAUCUAGUAACAAUACUGAACAACAAACUAUUACGACAGUUUCAAACAACGAGACUCAGUUGUUGAAUCGGUUAUUAGAAUUCGCUACCAAUAAUCCCUUAGCGAGCUCUGUUACCGUGAAUACAGAGGGAAUGCUGUCCACGUCUGACGUAAACAAUUCCACGACGUCAGACAUGGUAACAGAAUUAACCACUAGUGUAGCUAUGAUGGAAAUAAACGUUGUACAAACGAACGCCGUAGAUACCACUAAUCAGACACCGGUACCCACCACGAUAAUGCCUGUAUCUGACCUACAGGUUACAAACGACCAAUCCCUCAUAGCAUCGGAUAUCACUACAAUACUUCCAAUGGUAUCCGAUACAAGCGAUACUCAGCCAUUUGAUACAGAAUCUCCUAUCACGGAAUCAAUUCGUAACUUAGUAAGCUUCACCGACACUACCACUAAUCAACUCAACGACAUAACAACAAACACCCCUCAAACGCUAACCGAUCUCGUAAGCGAGAUGCCAAAUUUUAUUGCCCGUUUACAGGAUACAACAACCGCCCAAGGGACGGCUGGUUCGAGAAUCAUCCAACCCGAGCAAACGACCGAAACCAUCAUCACUACCACCGUCCCUAACAUCACAUCUUCAACCGCACUAACAACCGAUUCCACCACAUCCCCCGUAUCCUCUACCAACGCAUCAACCAUCCCAUCCUCAUCAGUCGAAUCAACCAUAGCAACUACGACAACGGAGACCACGACGACGACAUCGACAACUUUCCGAACGACAUCAACGGAAACGUCGCGAUCCGAUCUCACUACCACUGUCGAAUCGACGUCCGAAAUGACCAUUACGACUGCCGACAUAAACGAUAAUCUCGUCUCCACUGAGACAACGACUGAUAUCUCGACUACGCGAGGCACGACGACCGUCCCGACUGAAUCGGAGGAUCUGAACAUGAUAUCGAGGAUAAACGACGGAGAAGGAACGACGACUGCAACAACAACGACGACAAGUGUCGCACCACCCACAAAUGGCACAAAUAAUACAUCAUCCACGUCAACUACCGCACGGACUACUAUGCUAAAUCGAGUAUCAUCAUUUCCGGCAUCUACACCUUUCCAACCAGGGCCCUAUUUGGGACGUUUCGGCGGCAGCCAAAUGACUCCACUUCCGAGACCCAGCUCUUCCAAGGCUCCUGUUCGUGACUACUUGAUUUAUGGUAUUUAUCCCAACAAGACCAUUGUGCGGAAGCGGCCGGAAGACAAUGUGAUCGACGGCAGGAACGUAGACAGCCCGUACGUGAUAUUCGGCAUCUAUCCGGACGGCAGACUAGUUCGGAAGUUUCCCAACGGAACGAUAAUACCGGAGUCACCCAGGAACCCGGUCGAGGUUGUGUUCACGCUUAGAACUACCACUACUACUAACCGACCAGCACCCAGGCCAUAUUAUAACCAGGCUAACCAAGCAGGCGUUUAUAACAACCAGUAUCAAGCCCCGGUGUACUAUAAUAACGGUAGACCCGUGGAUGACCUGACGAGAGACGCCCAGAACCCCGGAUCCUUUGAUUUUGGACUUAUUGGUAAUGCGAUCGGCGUUACCCCUGGAGGCCCCAAUUUCACGGGACCAUUUGGUCCCCCUGCUAGCAUCCCAAGCACAAACAAAAUGAGCGAUAUUUUAUUAAAUUCUCAAAUGGGUACGUUGCCGAACUCAUUCGGUAAUCAGAAGCCAAAUAGCAAUCAAGUACAAGGCCCUCCGAGGAUCAUCCAAGAUCGCGAAAGAAACGAAGCUUCUCGGACAAGAGUGACGUCUGAUCAAAAUAGCGCUGUAUAUAUCGGACAGGAUAAAUUUAUUAAUUAUCAGAUUGACGGUGCACCUGAUAUCAAUCCAAAAGUCGUUGAUGUAAGAAUAAAUUCAGUGGCUACUUCUGUGAACGAAGGCACGGCAUCAUCUACAGCAUCGAACCCGUCUUUUAAAAAUUUACUGAACAAUCAAUCGGGUGGUAAUGUAAUAACAGCACCUCCUGGUUUUCCUUGGGGAGACUCCCUUGAUCAGAUAUUCGGUAUCACUACCAACUCACCUAUACAAACAGCAUCUGUGGCAACAAAUCAACUAGACGAGCCGACCGGGAACAAUGCACCGAUUGUGUCGCGUGUAAAUUCCAUGGUGGAAAUUUUCACACCAAUCGUGAGUACUGCAGUAACAUCUCCAUCCACAACCACUACGACUACUGCUAGUACUACUACGCCUACUAUUACUACUACUGUCAGUACCACCACUCCUACUACUACUACCAGCACCACUACUCCUACUACUACUAGUACUACUACUAGUACUACUACUACGCCGGCACCAACAACAACCGCAGCAACGACUACUGCCGCUACUACCACUACCACCACCACUACAACUACCACAACGACUACUACUUCAACAACGACUCCUGCAACGACCACGACAAGUCAAACGACAACGCCAGCAAGCAUAGGAACAGUUCCGCCGUCAUCUACUGCAUCGACAAUAUCUACGAAUAACAUAUUAAGCAGAUUACAAGCAAACACGAUGGAGAAUCCCUUUGGUAGCACGUACGGAGAUUUGGCUUUCUUGAAUUCAUUGUUACAAAACAACAACGAUGUUAAGUCCACUACGCCGAAAACGUUAAGUGAAGUAGAGCAAUUAUUAGCAAACAGAAUUUUGUCUCUUGCACUGGCUAAUCCUGGGCCAACGCGAUCGCCAAAAGCGAUUCAAACCGCAAAUUCGAAUGCAAAUGUGAAUGUAAUCAAGAAUCCAUCAAAGAGCACGUCAUUUGGAUUGUCUUCUGAACCAAUAAUAAUCGAUUUGUUACCACUUACGUCACCUAUGCCAAGCAUAUCUAGCAGCAUGUCACCUACGAAGAAGUACACUGAAACAAUCACGACGACAAAAGCUAGCACCGCGCCGACUAUCACGACUAAAGCACCAGUCGUUAUCACUGCCAAGCCUAAGACGACAGCCAGACCCAAAGCUACCACCCCUCGAGCGCCUGUAGGAUUUGGUUCAGGUUUAUGGCGAGCGUUGUUUGGCAACAAUUUUUUCGACGCGACCACUGCAGCGAGCGCUGCAAAAAAGAAACCCACGAUUAAGGCAACGACUCGAAAACCUGCCAGCUCCACCCAAGCACCAGCGCAGAUCAUUAAGUCGAAUCAAGUAAUGACCUCGAUCAAAUCGCCAACGACGCCAAGAAACGUUGAUAUUUCGGACAUUCAUGUAGCUUCGAGCACAUCGCUAGCAGACAAUAUCAUUUCCGCAUCAACGCAGUUGUCAACAAGUACGGUUUCAACCAUGCUUUUAAAUAAUCCAAAUCCUAGAUUGAGAGACGUCUCCACGUCUACGUAUUCACCCGAGGACGACGCGAAAUUCUUGGCUGCGCUCCUGCAAGCAGUACAAACGGAAACAAAAACGAGUACUUCGGCGACGACACGAUUAAGUGAGGAUGAUGAAGCCUUUUUGAGAGCGAUUUUAAGUAAUCAGGCUAGCAUUUCUACUACAACAUCAUCCUCUACCGAAGUGAAUCCUGCUGCUUUGCUGGCUCUACUCUUAAAACAACAAGGAAUAGAACCGACAACACCAGUAACGAAACUUAGGGAACAAUUACAAUUAUCAAGUCAAGGUCUGCUUGCGCCGGAUGCGAUCACGACUCGGCCAACAACCACUAGACCGACUACCAUAGCGAAACAAGUAGUGACAUCAAGACCUUUUGCGAGACCAAGACCAACAGAGAAUAUAUUACAAACUACGACAUGGGCUCCAAGUUCAACGUAUCCGCCUCCUCUCUUCGGAGGAAGUGGAUCGGGUAGCGGGCUGGUUACCGCUACUAGAGCCAUAGGCAGAUUCCUUGGCGCUGCCAUCUCGGGUGCAGCUCAACAGUUACAAUCUUUACUAAGAAAUAGUACCAGAAGCGCAGCCGGAUAACAUUAGAAUGGAAAAGAAUAAUAUACAUCAAUUUUCAAUCAACCUGAAAACAAAUGUCAGGAUUGAGAUAGUUAUUAAUUAAUAUCGUGCUUGCUGUUGAAAGUGCAUAUAAUGGCAACAUGGAAGUCGACAAAACGCUAGGAAAGUUCAAUCAAGACAACAUGAAGUAAACUUGCUCAAUUAGGAUUUUUACGAGGAUUAUUACGAAUAAUACCAUAGGUGAAUAUAUUUCAAAAUCAUAUUUAAAAAAAUUUUUUCCUGAAAAAAAAAAACCAUUUUCGCGUCGGAGUAAACAAAUAAAAAAGUAUUAAAUAUUGAAUAACAAAAUCUCGAUAUAAAUAGUACUUAAAUAAUUGUAAAUUGACUGGUACGAUGUAUAAAGAUGUACUCGAUGUCUUGAUCGAACAUUUCUUGUCGAUUCCUAAUUUAAGAAAUGAAUAUUUCGUUCGUUGUUGUUAAUUAUCACUAAAUUUAAUACCGACACAAUUCUCAUUGAAAUUCGAAAAAGAAA